AUGGAGGCAGAGACCAAGUGUGUGAUGGAUCUAACUAAAAAGGAGAGUGAGAAAAAAAAGAGUGUGUGUGGUUGGGGGUUUCUUUUUGGUGUUCUUCCUUAUUUUGAAGUUGAGGUUACUGCAUAUGUACUGAUAUGCCCUCACACAGACACUACUUUUCCGGUAGAGAGAGUGAGUGAGAGAGAGAGAGUGUGAGUGACUGAGUGAGUGAGUGAGUGAGUGGACCCCGAGUAUUGCCUAUCAAACAGUGCAGGUAAGACGAAAACCCAGCAACACUGUGCUUUAAAACCCGGUGCUUUAAAACUCACAUAUUUGAAGCAUUUGAAGGUUCAGAGAGACUGUCAAGACACUGCAUAGAGCGCUAUACAGCUUCUGUACUGUAGGCACUUAUUUGAAGUCAGCAGGACAAAGGAUAGCAGAUAAAUUACUGAUUGUGAAUUACAGUUGUGUGUGUAAUGUGUGUAUGCAUGUGGGUGUGUGGAUGUGUGGGUGUUUGUGUGGAUAUGUUUAGGAGUCUCUACUCGCGUGGUUUCAGUGUGGACCUGGAGCUGGAUGGGAGUGUCUCUAGGCCAUUGGGACCCCAUCAGCACCAGGGUUCAACCUGCACAGAUGUGUUCUCUGCAGCCACUGACUGCCAUGCACCCCAGUGACCCAUACACAAGCGCUAUGGUGAGUACAACAACCAUCUUACUUUAUCAGUCACUGUAGUAUUAUAUUAUUCAGUUGAUUUAAAUGAUGAAAUGGAUAAGAAUAUAAAUUCUUUAGACAUUUACUUUUUCCAACCUGAAGUUAAGAAAUGAAUAGCAGUUGUAUUUUAGCCUCUCAUUUUCCAUUCUUGUCUGACCCCGAUUCCCUUUUCUCAUGUAAAAUGAAUGGAAGGAAGUGACACCUGAAACCAGACCUAUGCUGAUAGAGGCCCGCUGUAACCAUAACAUUGUCACGAUCUCAACUAAAUACAGAAGCUCCUGUCAACUGUUUAAUCUACAUAGCCUACAACCGUUUAUCUCUUUCAUUAAAAACCGGGUAGUUCGAGCCCUGAAUGCUGAUUGUCUGAAAGCCGUGGUAUAUUGUCUCAUAUGACGCAAAACUACUUGUUUACUGUUCUAAUAUCAUUGGUAACCUGUUUAUAAUAGCAAUAAGGCACCUCGAGGGUUUGUGCUAUAUGGCCAAUAUACCACAUCUCCUCAGGCCUUAUUUCUUAAGUGUAACUCUUCUUCUGUAUUUUCUCUUCCUUAUUCUGAAGAAGUUCUCAAUAAUUAUAGAGAGUCAAAGUAUGAAACUAGGCAAUGACUUCUCUGGAAAAUGUAUGUUCUGACAAUGACAUGUUCUGUACUUACCACUAACUCUCAGAACCCUCUUACCGUCAUCAAGAGAGAUUUUCCUGAAAUAGCACCACCCCACCACCAGUGCCCAAGAAGAUGCUGGCUUGCACCCUAUCCCUACCAGGGGUCUAUCUGUGUCCUAUCUCCCCAGUGCCUGCUACCCUGCCGUCACCAAAACUAUGACAAUACUCUCUACCCCCAUCACAGACACUCAGCCCCAUGUAGAGAGAGACAAAGAAAGACCAGUCCAGAAGAGCCCUCUCCACUUGCAGCCCCUAUCUCAACUGAACUUCGAUACACCUGACGAACAGGUUCACUAUUUCUUCAGCAGUUCUACAACCAGGGGAAUAUUUCUCAAGGCAUUCAGCAUCACUACCUACUGUUCCUGA